GGGAGGGGUCGGUGCUGACGGCUGGGAGGACGAGCUGAACGUGAAGAAAGCCCUGGGAAAGCGAUAAGAAACGAGGGGAAAGGGCCCGAGGUUUUUACCUUCCAUCGGGGAAAACUUAUCGCUCGACUCUGAUUAGCACCCGAAGCAAGUGCAAUGUCGUCCAGUCGUCAGCUUAGUGAGAGCAGGGCCAUCCCGACCAGGACGGUGCUGAUCAACGACUCAACGCAGCUACCUCACGACUAUUGCACCACUCCUGGAGGCACUUUAUUCUCCACCACCCCGGGAGGAACCCGAAUAAUCUAUGAUCGUAAGUUCCUGUUGGACCGGCGUAACUCCCCCAUCGCCCAGACCCCACCAGCGCACCUGCCGGUUAUCCCAGGAGUGACGGGCAAGAACAUCCUGAAUGAAAUCAAGCGGAAUGAAGCGAACAACAUCAACAACCAUGAUGCCAAGCCAGGGCAAGGUGAAGAUGCUCAGUUUGAGAUGGACAUCUAAAGAAGAGGAACCUACGUGAACAACGAUUAAUUACCUGGUACCUGUGUGCCAGUGGCUUGGCUUGUAGAUACCAAUGUUGUGAGCCCUCUCCUUUAGCUCUCUCUAGCUGCUGGGUGCUGUUUAAUCAUGGGGAUAAAUGACUAAAGUUUGCCCAGUGGUGUUGCUGGAGCCCUGAAAGUUAACCUGUGAGCCCUGUUGAGCUCUUCUUUUUUGUUGUUUAGGUUUCAGGGCUGCCAUCAGCAGUACUUGCUUGAGUCACAGAGCAAGGGAAAAAUUCUCUAUUGCAAGUGCCCGGAUAUAUUACCAAUUUACCAUAAUAGACUCAUAAACGGAUCAGCCAUUAGAGAUUCACUGCUGAUAGAUCAAAGUACACUGUUCCAGUUGAUGCCCUUAAUGCAGUCUAUUUCGUUCACACAUAAACUGAUUUGCAGGACAUGCGGUUAUCAUUAUCUCCCUAUAUUUUCGAUUGUUUUUCCCCCAGUUAAUUUUAAAAGGGACAACAGGAUUAUAUUCAUAUUUUUUGAUUCAAAAAGUGAAAAAAUUCCAAUCAUUCCUGCUCUUUUAUAUCAUUUUUUUUUCACCUCAAUACAUUUUUCAGGUGUUCAAAAGAAUAGUUUUAUAUUAUUGUCCAAAAAUGCAUAAUUAAACCAUUGACCUUAAUCAUUCAUUUGAACUGACACAUGAUUUCAAUGCCAAAUGUGCACAGAAUUUCUCAUUUUAUUUAGGACUACCCCAAAAUAAGCAUUUCAGGUCAUAUUAGUUUAAUUUCCCAGUUUUUUCACUGUUAAUUUUAAGAAAAGAAACACCUAAUCACAUUCGUGAAAGACCAAACUGUUACUUUAGAUUAAAGAGAAUGUUUCUGUUCAGAUUUAUUUUGCUAACAGUAAGGUUUGUUUCUUUGUUUGUCUUUGAGAGAUGAAGCGUCAACAUAGCCUAGUUAAAAGUUAAUAACACCAAGUAAUGUUUGAUUGGAUAAAGGGUUUAAUAUACCUUAUAAGAUGUUGACAAAGAAAGCUGGUCUCAGGAAGCACUUGCUUUAUGCACCUAACAAUUACGCAUCUUACGGCUCCUGUUACGGGAGAAAAAGCACGGUGAAUAUUUAACAUUAAUAUCAGCUGUGACAUCUGCUGUUACUUUCCGAAAUACUACAAUCCUCACGAACCUUGAUAAUCAAAUCAAAGGUAGGAAAGCACUGAAGUGUUGUUUUGGUCAUCGUACCAUCGGUCUGUCUCAUAAGCGCACACAAUGUGAACGAGUUUUGUCGCGAGCAGACAUUCAUUUUGAUUCAGAUCAAACGUCUCGAAAACUUGAAUUGAAUCUUUCCAAUGCUCUUCUAUGCAUGUUCUUUCGGUCUGCUUCUUAAGCUUUAGUUCACAUGUCAGAUCAUUUUAACGUUGUUGUUUUUGGGGGGGGACGCCAAAUCGUGUGGAAGACGAGAAUUAUUAUUGUAAGAGAAUUAAGCAAAGAGAUUAUUCAAACAAAGUGACUUAAAGAGGAUAAGACUUAUUCUCAUGACUUUAAUUGUCUUUUUCUGUGCUCCAGUCUUUGUCUGAGGCACAGAAUGAUUUAUUUUUUCCUCUCACAGUGAUCUCUUGUGCUUAGCCUCCGUAUCCAUGCCUUACUUUACUAAGCUGAGCAGCUGUGUCAAAUACAGUACCCUUUCAUACCUUAAAACGGGAUCAGUUCCUUUCUUUCGUUUCUUUCAAGUGGAGAACAAGAUCAAGAUAUUGCUGUUUUACUAGAAAACAUUUAUAUUUUUGGAAACAUGUUUGUUAUCAUUUACUUUCUUACAGAAAUGGGACGAUUUGGAAAUGCAGAGGUGUAAUAUUUGUAAUAGUAAUGGAUUGGUUAAAAGCAAAUACAGAAUUUAGGUUUGACUUUGAGGUCACAGUUAAGUUUCUAUUCAAUUUUGAGAACUUGUAAAAUCCUUGGAGUAUGUUUUCAUGUCCGGUUUGCGCAAAAGUCACAUUCAAGUUCUAAUGAUUUACAGUGAAGGGAAAUUGGUGUAUACUGUCCUUCUGUAAUGGAUAUGAAUGGUCAAAUUCCAGCUUGUUUCAACUCUAAAAUUAUGAAAUGUUAAAUUUUUUUAUUUAAAAAAAAAUAAUGCUUACUAUUGCUUUAUGCUUUCCCCACGCAUCAAACUAUCAGAAAUGCAUUUAGUUCUGUGUGAGGGGAUUUAAGAUGGACGUGUUUUAUCUAAUAUGGCAAAAAACAUUGGAAACUGUAUUUUCUUUCUUCUUUGACCCUGUUAAUUUUAAUGAAAUGCCAAUGCCAGUGGACACUAUUACAGCAAUUAAAGUUCCUUGAUAUCAA